AUGAAAAAAGCCACUGCUAUGGGUCUUUUUAACGGAAUCAAAUUCUCUAAUGAAGGACUAAGAGUAAAUUUAGAGAAGUGUAGCAUCUAUGGGAUAGGGGUGGAGGAUCACGAAGUACAAGAUAUGGCAAACUUGUUAAGGUGUAAAAAAGCCCCGAUACAAGUUUUGGAGUCCCUUGAUAGAAUAAGACGAGUAUUCUUUUGGGGAGGAUCGGAGGAAAAAGCUAGAAUGAAUUGGAUGGCAUGGGAUAAAACGAUAGCUCCGGUGGAAUACGGGGGUUUGGGGUUUGGUUCACUAAGGGAUGCGAAUAUAGCGAUGUUGGCAAAAUGGUGGUGGAGGUUUAAAACGAAAAAAAGCGGUUUGUGGAGACGCGUUAUCUGGGCAAUACAUCAUAAUUCGCGAGGAUGGAAAGAUAUCCCAAUAAAAGUUUCUAUGGCCCGGCCUUGGAAGAGUAUCGCUAGUGUUCGAAAUAUUUUAUUAGCCGCUGAUAUCGAUUUAAAUACAGCUUCAAAUGCAGUCUUGGCUGAUGACAAGUGGUUGUGGAAGUUUGAUGGUUCGGGUUCGUUUAAUGUUGCAAGCAUAAAAAGAAUUCUGGGAGCGGCUAAUCGCGUGCGGCCUGCAAGGGUAUUCAAAUGGAAUAAUUGGGUCCCGGAAAAAGUUGGAAUAGUGGCAUGGAGAGCUGAAAUGGAACGCUUGCCGACAAAGAGUGCAUUAUUUGCUCGGAAUAUUCCAGUGCAAAACCAAAUGUGCGCCAUGUGUGGAAACUAUUUCGAGACUAGUGAACACAUUUUUGUUUCAUGUCACUUUGCUCAACUGAUAUGGCAAAAUGUUGUGAAUUGGUGCUCGAUUCCACCUAUCAUUGCAUUUGAUAUAAAGGAUUUAUUAACACUACAUGAGAUAAGCUCGGGUUCCUCCAGAAAGAAGAAGGUGUUGUAG